AUGGGGCCCCCAGGCAAUAGGGGAUCCUGGGGCCCCUGUGCCCUUGCCCACACUCAAACCACACCCAAAAAAGCCUCGGGAUUGUGUAUAAAACUAACAGGCAGACUCCUGCCUGUCAGGUAGAAGCAUACUUCCACACAACCUGGUAAUGGCGCCUCCCUGCCAGGGGCGGACUGACAACUCAUGGGGCCCCCGGGCAAUAGGGGAUCAUGGGGCCCAUGUGUCCUUGCCCAAACUCAAAAAAGCCUAUGAAAAAGGUACCAGGGGCAUCUCAUGGGGCCCCUACUGCCCUCGGGCAGUGCCUGAGUUUGCAAAUGGUCAGUCCGCCCCUGCUCCC